AUGUCUGGUGUUGACAUUUUACUUGUUGAUCCACAGAUUUAUCCAACACUUGUAUCACCACUUUAUGUAUUUAGAGAUAUUUACACGGAGCAACACGAACCAGAUCUUGUUAAAAAAUGCAAUUUUUUACUUGAUUAUAUCGCAGAAUAUCCACAUAGAGUUGAAAUAGCAAGAACAUUAAUGAACAAACCUCCAGAACCGGAACCAAUACCACCAGCACUCGAACCCGAUGAAGUAAAUCGUAUUGUUGAUGACAUAAUUCAAACUGACAAUAUAAAGUACUAUCCACGUGAUGAACUUGAGUUAAUCCUUGCAGAACUUCGUAAAAGAAGAGUAGAAUAUCAGGCCAAGGGUGAAUACAUCAAUGCUCAAAAGGCUGAUCAAUAUGCAAAAGCAAUUAUGACGUUUGGACAACUUGGAGCUGUGGAGCAACUGCAAAACAACAAAGUAGAAGAAAUAAGAGCCAAAUUACAAGACGCCAAAUCUCAGUUAGAGAAUAACAAAGCGAAAUGGGAAGAAUUAUACAAUAACUUGAGAAAUCAAGCCAAAGAAGACCUUACACAAAUCAAUACUAAGUUCGAAGAUGAAAUACAAGAGAUCAGCAAAGAGUUUAAUAACGAUUUACCCGCGCAUUUCAAAAAACCAUCAAAUCAGCUCUUACAACUUCGAAGAAGACAAAAAGCACUUGUAGAAUCGAAGAGAUACGAUGAAGCUGCAACUACUAAAGAGAACGCAGACCGCCUUGAAGAAGAAGAAAGAAGGAAAAACCUCGCAACAUGGCAUAAAUCAAUUCAGAAGAAAAUUGACGCGAAAAAGAAGGACCAAAUCAAGACUUUGACGGCGAGAAAACAAUUCUGGAAACGUGAAGAAGAAGCAUUAGUUAACGAAGCGAAUGUUGAUGUUGAAAAAGCCCAACAAUCAAUAGAACACAUCAAAAUAAACUUGAAACAAGCUGAGAAAGCGCAAAGUCUCGCAAAUCAACUCAAAGAGAACUCUAAAGAAAACAUAAAGAACAAUGGAACGAAAUUGCCUCCACUGCAGACAAAGACGAGAAUGACUGAUGCUGCUAACUUCAGACAGAGAGCAAUUCUCAAUGCACAGAUUUAUACAAGGCCUGCUGCAAGUCAACCUCCUGCUUCUCCUUCUGCGAAAAAAUAA